AAUAAUUGCAGCGGGCUGGAUAAGAAAAUUCCAGCCCCUAGAGAUCUACUGCCUAGCAGCAAAUUCAAGUAUUUAUUUUUUUUUCUCCGAUGUUGGAUUCAAGCUACUUUGUUUUUGUUUCUACAAAUCAACUUCGUCUUAAUAAAAGUUUUAAUCUGAUGAAUGAUUUAUGUUUGGUUGUCUUGAAGAAGAAGAGAAUUCUGCAUUUUGUUUCUAGAACAUGCAGAGAAGAUUAUUCAUUGUUUCUAGAUCGAAGAUGAAUGACGGUGAGAAUGAUCUUAAAUUGCAAGAUCCUAUCUGAAAAUGCUGGAUUUAAAAAAAAAUGAUGAAAAUAUUAAAAAUUAAAAAAAAUAAAUAAAACGAUUGAUUUUUGACAUUUAACUUGUUUGAAAAUCACCUUUACUUUUGUAGACAGCAAGUAGAUGAUGGAGAAAGAAACAGGUGCAGAAAAUGGCGGAAAAAAGGAAGGAAUAUGAGAAGCUGAAAUAGGAAACAACCGAAGGAAAGGGGAAGGAGAGAAGUUUGCGGAUUCUUUACAGAGGACCCUUUUUUCGGACCAUUUAUUGAUCCGAAAAUGGGCCAAAAGCUGACCCAACGUCUUCUCAAGCGAAGAUGCGCGUUUUGCCAGAAUUUCCGUAAAUCUUGGUCGUCGUCCACGCUUGGACAUGUUCAACAAAAGGCCAAAAGCAGUGGGCUCCUCUUGGAGAUUUCUCUAUCAAAAGGCGCGCCGGGUGCUUCUUCUGCGUCAUUGCAUGGCAAUGUGUGUGGUAACCAGUACUUAGACAACUUUAACGAUAGCGGUGGGCUCCCCUUGUAGACUUUUUCUAUCAAAAGGUUCCUUGAGUCUUGGUCGUCGUCCAUGAUCAUUGUGCUGGUGUUGCUUCUGCGUCAUUGCAUCGCAAUUUGUGUACCGUGGUCAUUUUGAGAUGCUUUCACAAAGUAAGUUGGGUGUUCAUACACAGUUUCAAAAGCCGAAAAUGACUCUUAAUUUUUCAGCCAGUUAUAACUUCUAAUGUUAGAUGUGAUUGUAAUAUACAAUUAUUUAUGAU